GGAAGGCUUUUCUCAAGUAGAAAUGAAUGCAACUGCAAAAAAGAAACGCUAUUUUAAAAGGAAUGCAAAAAACACGGGAGCCUCACAGGCAUUGGAGGCAUUUGACGAUACUCAUGGCCUGACAAGGAAAUUAAAUAGUUCUCUGACACUGAAAUCAAGCGAAGGAAAAACAGAAAAUGUGGUUCUCAUGAGUCGACCAAACUCUCCAAUACCAGCAGAGAGCAAUUCUCCACUGUCCGCCUAUUCCUUGGAAUUUUUUACACCACAAACAACUACAAGUAAUAGCAAUGAGUAUCAAAAGGAAAUUAAGCUACUCAAAGAGCAAAAGAAAGAGCUUGAAAAAACAAGACAAAUGCUUUUGAAAAAGGGCAGAGUGCUUUUAGCUCUUAACAGACAUCGUAGGAACCAAGCACGUGACAGGUGGAAGAGGCAAUAUUUUGACACUAAGAAAUCCACAACUAGUCUAGAGGACAAGCUUAAAGGAAUACAGCAGGAACUUCACACGUUCUACAGUAAAAUGCUGCAACAACUCCAAGCCAGAGAUGGUGCCAAACACCGAACCCAAACAAGGAAGCCGUCAAGCUCAAGGUUAAAGAAUGAGUUAAUAAUCCAGAUUAUGACGGAAAGCAGUGAAAUUGAUAACCUGAGGAAAAAUGUGGACGACGCUAAAAUGAAACUGGCCACAGAGAUCAAGUUGAGGAAGCAAGCAGCCACAGAACUACGAGCCUUGAGAGCAGAACUGAUGGAAAAAAGGGCUCAGUUGUAAAGAAAGCAGUCUACACUGUCUGACAAAAGUCUUGUCGUCGAUCCCAGUUGUAAGAGCAACAAUUAAUAACUUGACUUCUAGUUGAUCAUUUUGAAAAGUGGCAGAAGGUAGAUUUUACCAAUGAAUCAUCUGUUG